AUGAAAAUGAUUUCUCAUAAGAGAAUUGGGUUUAUUGGGCUCCUGAAAACAAAGGUUAAGGCUGCCAAAAUGGGAGCCUUAUACUUGAAUAUGUUUCAAGGGUGGUGUUUUACUUCUAAUUUUGCUCAUCAUUCUAAUGGGCUGAUUAUUAUAGCUUGGAAUCUGAAUAGCUAUGCGGUUGACAUAAAAGGAGGUACUAAUCAAUUUAUUCACUGCUUGGUUAGCUCAAAAAGGGGAAUUAAUUUUGCUAUUAUAGUUGUUUAUGCUCUAAAUGAUAGCAAUGGUAGGCAACAUCUUUGGAAUGACUUAGGAAUCAUUGCUAAUGACACUAAACCUCCUUGGAUUGUUUGUGGGGAUUUCAACUCAGUUUUGUCUACUAAAGAAAGGCUGGAGUACAUGGUAAUGCCACUGAAAUGGUGCCUUUUCCAGAAUUGUGUUUGUGAUUGUGGCCUUGAAGAUGUCCAGUAUAAUGGUUCGUAUUUUACUUGUAAUAACAAGCAAGAGGGGAAAGAUCGUGUUUAUGCUAAGCUGGAUCAGGUUUCGGCAAACAAUGACCGAUUGGAAAAGUUUUCCAUGGCAGAAGUCACCUUUCUUCCUGAGGGAGACUUUGAUCAUUCACCACCCCUCCUUUCAACUUGUCCGAGCCUUCAUGAUAAAAAUAAGCCUUUCAGGUACUUCAAUUAUUGGAGUUCUUUGAGGGAAUUUAUAGAUAUUGUUAAAAAUGGUUGGCAUGAGAUUGUUGCAGGGUCACCAAUGUAUAGACUUGUCACAAAACUUAAGCUUCUAAAGUCUGGUUUCAAGGGCUUGAAUCAGCAUGGUAGAGAUGAUAUUGGUGUUCAAGAUACUGAAGCUUAUAAGGCCUUAAUUGAUAUUCAAUUGGCCUUGAGGGUUCAACCUGGUAAUGGUGACUUAAUAGCAAAGGAAAUUCAAGCUAGGAAACACUAUGCUGAGACUCACAGAAACUAUUUGAAUUUUCCGAGACAAAAAUCUAAGAUAGCCUAG